AAAUGAAUAGAGAGCAGCUUUGGGUCCUGGUCGAAUAAUGCAGACCAACGCAACUAGUACCUUACAAAAGGUAGCCUCUACUUCUAAGUUUUUUGAGGUCAACAUUCACGACCCAAUCGUGAACUCCUGCGCAAUAUCAUACGUUAUAGGAGGUUGCAAUGAAGCUGAAUUAUUCAUUGCUCAUACUGAUAGUUUCGUGUGGGUUUUCAAACUCACGCGACAAGAUGGAAAAACCAACGAUUUAGCUUCGCCGUCUAUGAAUGAAAAUCUGAAGCAAUCGUUCUCAGAUUUAUCAGAUGCGAAUACGCAGGCCUCUUACGACCUAAUAUGUGCAUCUCAAAUAACUCAAUUUGACUCGAUUCGUUCGGUUUUGGUUCUGAAUGUGAAGAAAAACGACAAUGCAUCAGCGAAAACUGGCGAAAAUGUUUCUUCACAACAAAUUCCGGCAUUUUCAUCGUGGAAUUGUAUAGCUGUUGGGUUUAAAUCGGGGUUGGUGAAAUUUUUGACCGAGUUUCUACAACCUAUCAGUGAAAUUUCCUGGUCUGAAAGUGACGUGAAAGAAUUGAAAGUGGAAAAUUUUCCUGAAGUUUUCCUGAACAAAAAAGUGAAUAAAACGGCAUUGUCUCAAGAACAAUUUACUGUGGUCACAGCUGAUAAGAUUUUCUAUUCGGUCUCUAAGACAGUGUUGUCCGAGUUUCUGAUCGAAUGGAAGUUAUAUAAGGCAAAGGUUGCUUCAAGUGGCAAUUCAGCCAAUUGGGAUCCUCCAAAGAAUAUUCCUCUUGAUGACGUCACAAAAUGGACUCUGUUGGACCAAGAAGAAACUCAGUCUGUGUUCACGGCGCCGAAACUUAUCGAGCCUACUGCUUUCGAACACCUGAAAACUGCAUCUAUUCUAGGAGGACCCAACGCCAGGCCAAAACCUAUGGCUCCUCGUUAUAUCCGAUUCAUAUCAGCUGGCUCUGGACCCUACUCGGCAGUGUACGACCAUGUAUUGGGCGGUGAUCCUUAUGCAGGGGGACUAAACCUGACUAAGAUGGCACACAACUAUGCCAGUAGAUUGAAGUCUUCUUUCUGGUCUGCGUCAAGUUCGUUUCUCUAUGGUCAAGCAAAAGAAACAGAGGCGGUGAAAAUGAAAGAGGAGAGUCUAAAUCUCCGCAUAUCUUUCAGUGACUCAUCUAGAGCUGCAGAACACGCAAUCUACUCGCCCAUCGGAAACCUGCUUGCAAUUGCGGAUAACCUUAGCCGCGUGAUGCUAGUAGAUGUCAUGAGAGGCCUGGUGAUUCGAGUAUUCAAAGGAUAUCGAAAUGCAAGACUGGCUUGGUAUGUCGCAUCUAACUCAGCCCCUCACAUGCACAAGAAGAGAACGAGUCGGAAGAAUAAAAGUCAUGCUCUGUUUCUUGUCAUUCAUGCAACUAAGAGAGCCAUAGUGGAAGUAUGGCCGAUGAAAAUGGGACAUAGAGCAGCUGCUUUCAACGUGUCAAAAAACUCGGUAUUGCUCUACAAUCCCAAUCAAGAUCCCUUCCACAAUCCGGACCAGGUGCUGCUCCUCGACGUUCUAUCCGGCGACAUCUCUCGUCUCUCUGUACCUUACCACUUUGCCUUCUCGGAUCUCUCGGGUGCUCGGCAAAAGGACAUUCUGGUGUCCACGCGAAUAGUCGACACGCUUGCGAAACCAGAUCUUCUCAAUGAAAGCCUCGGAGACUUUCUGGCACAAUCUUUCUCACAACUGAGCAGCGCGACUUUCGUUCUUGAAAACCUGAACCUAGUAUCGACAUAUGAGCAUCUUGACAUCUUCACUUGCUUCCAAGUUCUAGAUACUGUAAAUGCAUUUCUGAAAAGAUCUCAGGAACCAAACGAAGAUCCCAUGGAACUGGACGAUGAACUACAUCUCACGUCGAAUAACCCGAACAGAGCACAGCUUAGUGUUCUAAAACACCAGUACGAGCGUCUUAGGAAAUGCAACGAGUUGUACCAGAAUAUAUGGGAGCUCUAUGAGCCGAAGUAUCAACGUGAAGAGUUGUUCCAAGAACCGAUGGAUGCCUCGGAUCUGCUUGAGCAGCUGGAGUUUCUUUCUCACUCAUCAAACAAGGACUUCAAGUUCAAUUUAUUUCAUAUCGCACAAGAAACGGCUUUUGAGGUUGACACUACUGAACUGACUGAGUCUACAGGAAUGAGUACGAUUACGGCUCAGUCGCCCAUCCAGGAUUUCGACUCCUUCAUUCAGUUGUCGAAUUUCUUCCAAUUUUUUGAACUAGACGAACAGAUGAAAUUGAUUAUCAGAAAGUCACUGACAUCUAAUCAGAAGGCUGUUUUGGGAGCAUUCUUGUUCUUUCCGGUGUUGAAGGGGGAGACCAAAGUAGACUGUCUGCUCUCUCUUCUAUCUGCAGAGCCUCACUGUGUCGACCGAGAUAGAACUGCACUUCUUGAUCUCCUGCUCGCCCAUUGGCUGAGUGAAGAGAAGCUCUUAGACAACUACCAGGACUCAGUGGAAAUGCUGCAUCUUCAUUCUCUGGUAUCCUGGAUGCUAGAGACUCCUCGCAAAAGUCAUGAAGUUGAAGCUGACCAAAAAGGUGACGAAGAUGAGGUCAAAUCAAAAUGGGAAUUCGCUCGGAAAACACUUCAGUGCAGCCGCAAUGUAACAUCAGCGCUCACUGCUGCUAUUAUGAUUAGAGGAAUUUGCAUAUCUUUCUUAGCCAAUCAGGACGCAAGUGAGAGUAAAUUACGUAAUGAUGCUACGCCAUCUGAUGUUGAAUGUUCCAGUAGGCGACAAACUAACUCACAAAUGUGGCCAGAAAUAACACAAGAAAGAUGGUUUAAGUUGUCGUAUGACAUCGAGCUUUUCAACCUUUUAAUAUACAGACUAGAAGACUGUGUUCUGUUUGCUGCACUCAAUGCUUCCAGUGCGAGACCUAACCUUCUUUCGGUGGACUCAAUUUUGGCUCAAGGAAAAGGAGCUUUGUCGGAAUUUCUGGCGAGAUGGUUAAUUGAACAGAACAUUUCAUGCGCCGAGUACAAAUUGAUGAGUUCUAACAAGUCUUCUAUAACUGCGACUAUGCUGCAGAGUUUGCACAAAAAGUUACCAAUUUCGCUUAAAGAUGACUACGUUUUUUGUCAGACUGCGUGGCUCGCAGCCGUUAAGUGGUCUUCUAAUCCGGACGAAAAUCUUCAUUUGAAAAUCCUAUCUCUGGAUUAUUUGAGUAAAAUAACAGACCAGACGAUAAAAUGCGGAACUGCCCAUUUGCUGUGGAGUAAAAUGUUUCACCGGUUAGUUCUGGCAAUUUGGGACCAUAUGAACAAAGCGCUCGAUCCUUUGUUUCCGAAAUCUAUGAACAGAGAUCUGAAUAUCAGACGUCCGGAAGCUUUAGAAGCCAUUUUGGAUUUCGCUUUGCAAUUGUUCGAUGAAGUAUUGCUGGAACCAAGUGCCGGAUCCGAAUUGUCAGAGUGGGAUUUGAGUGCGGGAGAUUUAAUGAGGAGAAACUAUGACUGUGAGGAUCAUUGGGUGGAAGCAACCAGAGGCAACCAGGAAUGUGUUCCUGAGCUGAGCCAGAAACAGCCGAGGUGUAACUACGCGCUUCUUCUCCACAUGCGUCUGCUUCUGUCUGUGUUGGGACUCUCGGCCAAGUGCAAUCUGUUCAGACUGACAUGUGGACAGUUUAGACCCCUCUCUCUGUUCGACCAGGUGCAAGUGCAUGCAUUCUCACAGCUCCUCCACUCGUUCCCUCUCACUAGCAGUCGGGAUGCGGAUGCGACUCUAAUCGCUGCAAGACAAGACUUCAUCGCGAGGUGCUUCAUCGAGCUGGCGUUUUCCGAAUCAUCAAGCGAAUCAGACCCAUCAAAUGUUUCCGACGUCUUUCAAAUUCUUUACGAAUGUGGCGGAGCUCUUGAUCUCUCAUCUGAUUGGCUUCUUCAAACUCACUUGGUGUCUCUUUAUUGGCUCUCAAUGGACCAAUCAGUUUCAACUUUAAUUCCAAAACUCGCCGAUCAACAGAGCUUUGCACUUCGCUUAAUCGAAGUUCUGGCGUUUAGAGUUCAGACUCUUAUAUCAGACAAAGCAGAGCUUCAUGGUAUAGUUUCUGUACAAUCAAGGGUUCCAGCAAAUUUGUCAAUGUGGCUGCAAACUAACAAAGCAGCUCCCUGGAUCUUAGAAAGGGCGAAAUUCAUAUCUGGAACUAAAGCAGUCACUGCUACUUGUAGUUUGGCAAAUUUAAUUAUGAGGUUUCUGCCUCAAAACCAUUCCCUGUUUGCAAUAUGCCAAAAUUGUGUUGAUGCUUUAAAGUUGCUAGAUAGUAUCUGAUGAAUUUAUAAAUAUUGUAAUUAAUCUGAAUUACUUAAAUAAAAAAUAAUGG